AUGGAGGAAUUAAUGGAGACUACAUCACCACCUCCAAAUUCUUCACCCUCUGCUAUCCCACCAGCAUCAACUACUCCUCCACCAGACCCUCCAACUCAACCAUCUUCUCUGCCCAAUGCAACUUCUCCCACUUCAACUCCUCCUAAUCCUUCCCCACCACCUCAAUCCCCUCCUCCUACCAAUGCAAUAUCUCCUCCUCCUACCAAUGCAACAUCUCCUCCUCCAGCCUCACUAUCACCUCCACCACGACAACCCCCAGUGGCUUUACAACCUCCUUCCACAACAUCGCCGCCGCCUCAAUCUACUUCGCCUCCUACUCAAACUACUUUGCCUCCUCCCAUCACUGACCUACCUCCAUCCUCUAAUUCUCCACCGCCAAAUCCACCUGCAAGUUCUCUCCCACCUCCAUCAUCAACUCCACCAAUAACUUCACCUCUGCCUGCAUCUGAUCCUCCAGCUAAUUCGCCACCACCACCUUCAUCUAAUCCACCUACUAAUCCACCAUCACCUCCAUCGAAUCCGCCGUCUAGUUCACCACCUCCUCCAGCGUCGAAUCCACCACGUGGGACACCUCCACCAGGGUCGUCUAAUCCUCCUGCAAGUUCUCCACCACCUCCUCCUCGACCACCAGAGAGUUCACCUCCACCACCCGCUUUACAGCCUCCUCAAAAUUCACCACCCCCAACACCAGCAUCUAAGCCACCCCAAAGUUCACCUCCCCCACCAGCAUCAAAUCCUCCUGAAAGUUCACCUCCUCCACCAGCAUCAACACCACCCAAUAAUUCACCCCCACCUCCUAUUCUUACCCCUCCAUCUGGUUCUCCACCAGCAUCUCCACCCUCCUCAACUUCUCCCCCAAGAUCAUCUCCACCGCCACCAAUAAUAAGAGUAUCGCCGCCGCCGCCGCCAUCUCUUGUGCCCCCACCAUCCCUUUAUCCUCCUUCACCUUCUCAAAUUCCAUCAGUUAAUCAACCAAACAACAAUUCCAGCAGUAAUGCACCAGAGAGCUCGAACUCUACAGGUAAUGGGGGCAUUGGUACUGGAGGCACGGUGGCUAUUGGUUUAAUUCUAGGUUUCCUUUUGCUUGGUAUCAUUGGAGCAGCUGCUUGGUGCAUGUGGAAGCGAAAGAAAGAGGUUUCUGCAUUCAAUGGUGGUUAUGUCAUGCCAACCUCUGUGGGUUCUUCCCCAAAAUCAGGUAAUUUUCUUAAACAAUAUUACAUGGUGCUGGAAGUAAUUUAUUUAUUUUUUCUCAUUUAG